CCGACAGUCCAGCCAACAGGAGCGUCUUUUUUCUCCCUCCUUACGUCAAGGCCGAACGGAACAGUGUUCACGGUCGCGCGUGUGAUCUCGGCGACCCGGUGUCGAAAUCCCGGCGGAGAGAGAUUGACUGAUCGCGGUCUCUCUUUCUCUCUUUCCCCGCCCCCCCCCCCGUCCUCAUCAUCAUCGUCACGCACGUCGCCCGUAGUCCGCUCGCUCGAGAGAGGCAAGGGACUCUCUUCGCUCGACGUGCUUCGGGAACAAGUAAACGGCGAAACGCAAAGACUCUAGCCAGUGAUUGGAGCUAUCGAGUGAUUAGAGAGAGAGAGAGAGAGAGAGAGAGAGAGAGACCGGAGGUGAAUCUGGGAAUCCGGGAUCGCGGUAUCAGUGGAUAGCAGCAGGCGGUCAAGAUGGGCUCGCUGGCGAUCGGGAGGUUGGCGUGUGCAACCGCGAGCCUGGUAUUCGCAGUGCUGCUAGCGAGCGGUGACGCCGCGUUGGCCAGGACCGCGUUCGAGAAGCUCACCGACUACGACUACCGCGGCACCACCUAUUACAGCGUGAGGAAUCUGUCGCUGUACGAGUGCCAAGGAUGGUGCAGGGAGGAGCCGGAGUGUCAGGCCGCCGCGUUCUCGUUCGUUGUGAAUCCCCUGGCGCCGAUGCAGGACACUCUCUGCCAGCUGCAGAACGAAACGGCCGCCACGAAUCCGGCCGCGCAGCCUCAGAGGGCCGCCAAUAUGUACUACAUGACGAAACUGCAGAUCAGAUCCGAGAACGUCUGUUUGCGACCGUGGGCGUUCGAGCGCAUCCCGAAUAAGAUGAUUCGCGGCUUGGACAACGCGCUAAUUUACACGUCCACGAAGGAGGCAUGUCUCGCGGCCUGCUUGAACGAGCACCGUUUCACCUGCCGCUCCGUGGAGUACAAUUACGUGACGCUGCAGUGUCAUCUGGGCGACUCGGAUCGCCGGACGACCGGGCAGUACAUCCAGUUCGUGGACGCGCAGGGGGUGGACUACUUCGAGAAUUUAUGCCUGAAAGGUAAGGAGGCCUGCAAGUCUCAAAGGAUCUUCCAGAUGCCCAGAAUCGGCGUGGCGGACGACAAGGUGGCGCAGUACGCUGGUCUGCACUAUUACACCGACAAGGAACUGCAGGUCCAAAGCGAGUCCGCCUGCCGGCUGGCCUGCGAGAUCGAGAACGAGUUCCUCUGCAGGUCCUUCCUCUACCGCGGCGCUCCUCAGGGCUCGGCCUACAACUGCCACCUGUUCCAUCUGGAUCACUGGACCCUGCCGGACGGGCCGUCGACGUAUCUGAACGCCGAGAGGCCGCUGAUCGACAACGGGGAACGCGUCGGGACUUACUUCGAGAAUUUCUGCGAGAAGGGUACCGGCCCGGUGGCGGAUCCAUUACCCAUCGUCUUCGAGACCACCGAAGACCCCACGAUCAACAACCUCACCAGAAACGACAUCAACUGCGACAAGACCGGGACUUGCUACGAUGUGUCGGUCGACUGCAAAGACACUCGAAUCGCCGUUCAGGUUCGCACCAAUAAGCCGUUCAACGGGCGCAUCUACGCCCUCGGACGGUCUGAAACGUGCAAUAUCGACGUUAUCAAUAGCGACCUGUUCAGGCUGGAUCUCACGAUGAGCGGGCAAGACUGUAACACUCAGAGUGUGCGUGACGGUUUUCAGACUGGCAUCUACUCGAACACGGUCGUACUGCAACACCACUCCGUGGUAAUGACAAAGGCCGACAAAAUCUACAAAGUUAAGUGCACGUAUGACAUGUCGUCGAAGAAUAUCACCUUCGGCAUGAUGCCGAUCAGAGACCCGGAAAUGAUCAGCAUCACGAGCGCGCCGGAGGCGCCGCCGCCGAGGAUCCGCAUCCUCGACAGCCGGUCGCGCGAGGUCGAGACCGUGCGCAUCGGCGACAAAUUGACCUUCAGAAUCGAAAUCCCAGAGGACACCCCAUACGGCAUUUUCGCUCGCAGUUGCGUAGCCAUGGCAAAAGACUCGAAAAGCACGUUCCAGAUCAUCGACGACGAAGGGUGCCCCGUCGAUCCCUCUAUCUUCCCCAGUUUCACGCCCGACGGUAACGCCCUGCAGUCCGUGUACGAGGCUUUCAGGUUCACCGAAUCUUACGGCGUGAUCUUCCAGUGUAACGUCAAGUACUGUCUAGGACCGUGCGAGCCGGCCGUUUGCGAAUGGGGCCGCGAAUCCGUGGAGUCGUGGGGCAAGAGGCGCAGGAGAAGCCUCGCGAACUCGACGGAGGAGAAGGCCGAGGACAUGACUCUGUCGCAAGAGAUCCUGGUGCUGGACUUUGGCGAUGAGAAGCAGUCGGACUUUCUGAAGAGCGACGCCAGCAUAGACUUUAACGAAGCAGACAAAACAGUGACCAUCGUGGAGCCGUGCCCGACGAAGACCUCGGUGCUGGCGCUCGGGGUGACGUGCGCUCUGCUGGUGCUCAUCUACAUCUCCACGAUCUUCUGUUACUACAUGAAGAAGUGGCUGACGCCCCGCAAGAUGAUGCCUUAAAGGGCGAGGAAACGUGUUCGCCCCGCGGAACGCGUGGAUCGCGAAAGCAAAUAAGGAAGACGACAGCCAAGAGUACGAGAGUUCACGCAUACACGCACACACACACACACACGCGCGCGCACGUACACGCAUCCCCAUUCGCGAUACACCCAGCCACAUUCAUACAUGAUGAGCGAUCGAGAGAUUCACGCGUAGCGAUAAUCAUUCGCUCUCUCAUCCCACUAUUGUACGUUCAUUCUCAUUAUACCACCACCGGCUCGAAACGGCUCUCAAGAGAGCGGGCGGUAGAAAGAAUCGCCGCUUCGAGGCGACGGACAAUCGUACCAUUGUAACGUGCGAUUGAAUCGCCCGCCCAAUGCGAUCGGUAUUCCGCGUGGCGUGCUACAUCGACGACGAUCGCAGACGGGAUCGAUUGUGUAAUGUCCCGAGAGCGCGCGAGUGCCGGCUCUACAUCGGUAACACCGACGUGCACGCUUUCUCAGAGCAGGUACGCGCUCAGACUCGUUGGUAUAGGUCGACGCUUCCGACGGAGUCAUUCGGGAGAGAUUAAUAAUAGAUCGUCUCGAAAAUAAGUUUACGCGCGCGCACACAUAGACGCACGUACUCAUGCACGCAUACGUACACGCGCACACACACACACACACACACACAUACGCGCGCACACGCAGCAUAUCAUACACACGGAAGACUGCCGACUGACGUGAUGAAGAUCACAAGGAUCUCUUGUACCAUAUGUUGAAAGUAAACAGCGAGACGGAUAUACGCGCGCGCACGCACACAUAUAUACACGCAUGCAACCGAGGUCUACGACGGUAGCGGCGACGACUCGACUCGUCUCGGAUUGAUUUUUAACCCGGGGGGCGACUCACCAACGGAUAUCCUGACUCUUAAGGUGGCGGAUAUUAAUAUCGAUCGCGAAGGAGGCUCCGAUGAGGAACACAGCUCGAGUCGUGCAACGACGAUGACACAUCUCGCGGCGGGACGCUAAUAAAAUAUUACGUGCGCAGUCACUCCUUGGCUGCUCAGCACGCUCAACAGCGUGAGUUCUUGGCGCGCGCGAGAUAUUGUCAAAAUAGCGACCAUAACUGAUCCGUGUUGACGUACACACGGUUUGUUUUCACGCGCGCGGAGGAAGAGCGUUUGUUGCUUGCCGCGCGUCGGCGCGUCCGAUCUCGAGGGUGGUUUAUCGCAACAAAGUUGCCGAGCGACUCUUCUUCGCACGUGACACGCACACACGCGCAUA